AUGGCUGGGCCAGGGGCGCAGGGCCACCGGGCUGUGCCGCUCCUGCUGCUGCUGCUGCUAGGGACCCAGACCGUGGCGAAAGGACCCCUGGUGUUUGUGGCUCUGGUGUUUCGCCAUGGCGACCGAGCCCCACUGGCAUCCUACCCCUUGGACCCGCACAAAGAGGCAGCUCCCACCCUGUGGCCACGGGGUCUGGGCCAGCUGACCGGGGAGGGGGUCCGCCAGCAGCUGGAGCUGGGCCGUUUCCUGAGGAACCGCUACCAGCAUUUUCUGAGUCCUGAGUACUGGCGGGAGGAGGUGUACAUUCGCAGCACGGACUUCGACCGGACGCUGGAGAGCGCCCUGGCCAACCUCGCGGGACUCUACCCUGAGGCUGCUCCUGGGACCCCAGAGUCCAGCUGGAGGCCAAUCCCUGUACACACCGUGCCGGUCACCGAGGACAAGCUGCUGAGGUUCCCCGCGCGCAGCUGUCCCCGCUACCGCGAACUGCUUCGAGAAGCCACAGAGGCCACGGAGUACCAGGCUGCCCUGGAGGGCUGGACGGACUUCCUGAUUCGCCUCGGCAACUCCACGGGGCUGUCACUGGUCGGGGAGCCGCUCCGAAGAGCUUGGAAAGUUCUGGACACGCUGAUCUGCCAGAAAGCCCACAGCCUUCCCCUCCCAGCCUGGGCCUCCCCAGAUGUCCUGCGUACUCUCACCCAGAUCUCGGCUUUGGAUAUUGGGGCCCACGUGGGCCCACCCCGAGCAGCAGAGAAGGCCCAGCUGACAGGGGGGAUCCUGUUGGAUGCCAUCCUUGCCAACUUCUCUCGGACCCAGCACCUGGGACUGCCCCUCAAGAUGGUCAUGUACUCGGCUCAUGACAGCACCCUGCUGGCCCUUCAGGGAGCCCUGGGUCUCUACGAUGGCCACACCCCGCCCUACGCCGCCUGCCUGGGCUUCGAGUUCCAGAGGCACCGUGGGGACCAGGAUGAAGAGGAAGGAAACGUCACCAUCUCCCUCUUCUACCGCAAUGACUCCUCGCGUCCGCCCCUGACCCUCCGCCUCCCUGGGUGUCCGGACCCCUGCACCUUAGGGCGCUUCCGCCAGCUGACGGCUCCGGCUCGGCCCCCGGCCCAUGGGAUCCCCUGCCACAGCCUCCAUGAGCCUGCCGCCACCCCUGCAGCCACCAUGGUGCCCCUGCUGGCUGGAGCUGUGGCUGUGUUAGCAGCCCUCAGCAUGGGGCUGGGUCUGCUGGCCUGGAGACCUAGCUGCCCGGGGGCCUGGGGGGGCCCUGUGUGA